AUGGCCGCAAAGGUCUUCAUGGAUGCUCCAAUCUCAGUUGACAACAAAAUCACCACAGCUACAUUUCAAUACAAAGGCAUCUCAAACGUUGUGAUCCCUUCUCUUCCUCAACUUCCUGCUAGAAAUGGCUCAACUUUUACACUGCGUCCCAACAAGAAACUCAAAAACGUAAACUCUUAUCAAUAUCCUGCUCUUGUUCCUCACAAAGUUGAUAGAAACCUCUUCUACACUAUUGGUUUAGCCAUAGAUCCUUGUCCUACCUGUGCCAAUGGAACAAGACUAAUUGCUUCAUUGAACAAUGUCUCAUCACCUGAACAUACACUUUUUGAUAGGCCUUCAAAACCUGUCAAUUAUACUAGUGCACUGCUAAUGGCAAAUCUUGCCACCUUAAUGAGGACACGUCUUAGAUUUCAGAUUUCAGUAAUUCAGUAA